AUGCAAUCGGUGGCCCAGCUGCCGGCGGAGAUCCCGGGGGAAGGGAAGCGGGCCGCCACCGCGCGCCUCCCACUCCUGACUAUUGCCGCAAGUGCAACCGCCCCCCUGCCGUGGGCUGGAAGUCGUCAGCUGAAAGAGCCGCUGUAUCGAGACAUCAGCAACAAGUACGGCGGCAAGCAGUCGUACGCCAUCUUCGCCGAGGCGCCUCAGAUCCAGGCCAACAGCCAGGUCAUCACCGCAAUCACGCGCCGCAUCAUCACCAGCGUGCAUUACGUACCCAGCGGGGACGGUCAAGCCAACAUCUUCCUUCCCAAGUCAUGGUACGCCACGUGCGGGACCUACGAUGUCGACACCGACUCCACCGCUCGCCAGGUCCAGGCCGCCGACAAGAACCACCUGAAGCCCAUUGGCUCUGGGUGCGAAGUCAUUGACCAGCGCGAGGUUGAGCUGGGCACGCGCACCGACGCCGGGGUUGAGGUGCCUGGCUCGACGCUCGAAAUUGAGUGUGACAACGGCACGCCCUGCUUCGUCAAGCCAUACACGCCCCUGACCCGGUUGGGCGCCAUUGACAGCUUCGCCAUCCGCACGCGAACCGAUUUCAUCCCCCAAGAAGCCAAAGCUAACAAGUACCUCGUCGGCUUCACCUCCUCGGUGCGUCCGAACAUCGGCCCAUACGCCAGCUUUGUGCCCCUACCCGGCAGGCUGUACCAGAUCAUGCCGUCCAGCACGCUCGAGGACACGACCUACAAGGUCGACUUUGAGAAGCUUGCCACCGACCACGUCCACCUGGUACACCGGGGAGAUGGUGUGUUGACCAUGGUCAAGACGCCUGCCGACUUUGACGUCAACAAAUCCACUUCCUCGUCGGUUGUCGGGAGUUCCGUGCCAGGCAGCCCCCGGCUGGUGACCAGUUCUCCCGGAGGUGGCCAGGCAUCACGCUUGUGA